AUGAUUAGAAAGAAUAGCGAAAUUCUAAUUUUAUGUGAAUAUAAUUUUUUGGUUAGAAAAAGGAUUAAAAUGAAUAUGGUUAGGAGGAUAUAAUGGGAAUAAUGAUGCGAUUAAUUAGCUAAUAGGAACUUGAAUUAACACAGAGAAUAUUGGGCUAAAAAAAAUAAUGGAUUUUUGGAUAUUCGAAUAUUUACGAUAGGUCACAAAUUCUAAGCAUUUUGAGUAAUAGUUCAUUGUUUGAAUGUAUAGAAUGUAAAUCAUAGAUAAAGAAGUUUUUUGGUGUGUGUUUGAGUUUGCCCAUAUAUA